AUAACAAGUGCAAAUACGAAUAUGGUUGGAAGUCUGUCGGUAUGUUAAACAUUGUAUAAAUUGAAACACAUGCAAAUACAAAAUUAACCAAGAGCAGAGUUUACGUUGAACUACCUGUUACAUUGAGGAAGGUAGUACGAGGCCCACAAGCAGAAAGAGGGAGAACAAGAGGCCGAUUUGAAAACUCUUAGAAAUAUUUAGUAUGCGAUAUUUUGGUUACACUCUCACUAUAUUAGUAUCUUUGUAUAAGUAAGAGAGUAAAUUGUCUUAAUGGAUUGAAAGUAUGUGUGAGCAGUGUAUCUGUAAAAUGCCAAAGUCGUAUGAAAAAAGUGGUAAAACAACUCAGCAAGACAGGCCUAAAGUCUAGACAAUAACGAGUUGCUUAAAGAUACAAUAUACACUGGAGUAUUCUUGAGUGAACCUGCGCCGCGUUAACAACGAUCAUACGGAUGGAUUAAGCGGGCAUUUCCGAAAUACACACGCACACAUUCAACUUACUAAGCAAGAAAAUAAAAAAACACUGACAUUUUUCAUUUUAUUUAUUCUAUCCAUUGAUACUCGGUUGUGAACUUUUCAAAUAAAAAAUAUUUUUUUAUAAUUUUUAUUACAAAUACCAGUGCACAACGUACACAUACAUCUGCAACAUGUAUUGAUUUGUGCACACACAGAUACGAGGAAUACAGUGAUUUAGUGAGAGUGUAUGAGGUAAAACGUCUUUUGGUAUGUGAAUUGGUGACGAGACGAUGUGAUGUGAUUAACAAAGUGAAAAGUGCAAAUUUAAAUAUUUUUUUGUUUUUCUGUCUUCUUUAUUUAAUGUAUAAAUAAAAAAGCUUUGAAGAGAAAUCGUUAAACUUCCACUAAAAAAAGAUUUUUAAUUUUAUUAAGAAAUAAAAAAACAAAAAAAGAAAUUCCAUAAUUUUUUUAAAACGAAAUUUCUAAAAAAAAACACCGAACAAAAACAACAUCAUUUACGACUUACACAAUACGUGCAUAAAAAAUUAUAAAAAAAAAAUUAAAAAUUCCUUUACGCCAUUUGGAUUUUGCAAUUUGUUUAAGUUUUUAAUAAAUACCUGUGAAAUAUUUUUUUAAUAAAUUCUAAAGAAAUUAAGCAAAACUUGUGCAUAAAGAACGAAAAAGGCAAGAAAAUAAUAAUAAUUCCAAAGAAUAAAGAGUUUCUAAAUUCUGCUCUCUAAGAAACCUAGAAAUUCUACUACGUUUAAAACCUGAAAUUCAACCUUUUUGCCAACAACAAAAUAUAAAAUAAAUACGAAAAAAAAAAACAGAAAAAAUAAACAACAAAUCAAGACAACUUGAUCGCAACACAAAAAGAACUAGCAAAAUCCAAGUAAAGAGAUAGACCUGAAAAGAAAAGACAUACAAUCGUAUGUACGUACUACGAUCGGUCGUUCGUUAAUUAUUGUUCAAUUGUCGUUUUGUCGCUUUGUCGUCGUGUCGGUUUGACGUGAUUGUUUAGUAUCUAAGUUUUACGGUCUUGUCACAUUUUAAGCCAACGAUUCGUUCUAAACAUUCGUCGUCUUCAUUUCUUCAAGCUGUUCUUGUUCUGUUUUCCUUACAUUUUGUUUUUACGUCUUCUUUCAUUCUUCUACAUCGUUUCAUUUGUUGUUUGUUGCUUGGCUAAAACUGAAUACUUUAUUGUUGUUGUGCAGAAUACCAACACCAGCAACAAUACUUUGAAAACGUGUUCUCAAGGAAGUAAAUUAUUUGCUUCCACAGAAUUGCCAAGUCUUUCUCUUCGUCUCUAUAUUUUCCCCUCGAAACGACUGCUGCACCGUUUUAGAACUUCCUCCUUAUUGCAAAAGUUAUUAACAAAAUGGGUGAUUCCACGCCAAUAUGUCGUUGUCGUGUAUUGUAUCUGGGCAGUGCAGUGCCGCGUCAAAGCAAAGAUGGCCUCCAAGGCAUACAAGAACCAUUGCGCAGUCUUUAUCCCUCAGAAGGUGCAGUUGGCGCCAAAGGUAUAGACUCCUGGUUGAGUGUUUGGUCGAAUGGUAUUCUACUAGAAAAUGUUGAUGAAAAUCUCAAGGAAAUCACCAGAUUUUUCCCCAUUGAAUCGCUGCAUUACUGUGCAGCCGUAAGACAAGUGCUUAUACCAGAGCGUGGCAACUCUAAUCCAGAGCCGAAAUUUCUGCCUCUCGAUUCACCAUUUGCACGCAUGCCGCGAGCUCAACAUCCACCCAUUUUUGCAGCCAUUCUACGUCGUACCACUGGCAUCAAAGUACUCGAAUGUCACGUGUUCAUUUGCAAACGUGAGGCAGCUGCAAAUGCUCUAGUCAGAUGCUGUUUUCAUGCCUAUGCCGACAAUUCAUACGCUCGCCAAUUGGAGACGGGUAGCACGGGCGGCGGUGCUGGCAGCAGUGUAUAUGGUACACUGAAAAGUAACAUGGCCAGCAAAUCAAAUGGUGAUCUAACCAAUGUUGGUCUCUCCAAUGGCAAUAAUCAUCAUCACUUUCAACAGCAACAUUUAUCACCAUCGUCGGCUAGUCAUGCCGGUUGGCGUUCACGUGCUGGCAGCAUCACAACUCUCAACAGUGUGGGACGUCAAUCCAACGGUCAUCUAAUGAAUGGCGGUGGCGGUGACAAUACCAGCAGUGCAGCCGAAGGAUAUACAUCGGUAAAAAAUUUUUAUGGCAGCAGUGCAGAUCUUAAUGUCGCUGUCGACGAUGGCGAUGCUUCAUUGUAUAACGGCGAUGCGAAUCAUAAAGUAUGGAACGGUUCACAAGAUCAACUAGAUAGCAUUGUAAUGGAAAGUCCCUACGACAUGUACUCAGGCAAUACAUCGACAUUAGGUCGUCCAGCACGUUUACGACAAAUUAGUCAACCAAUCGAUGUCCCACCACCACCCAUGAAAGAAGAGAGCAAAAAGAAGAAAGAUAAGAAAUCAUCCAAAUCCUCAAGUAGUCAAAGUCUAUCGGGUACACUGAUACGACCAAAACCAAUACAUCCGGCAACUUUACAACGUCAUGGCAUACCAAUGGGACCAGGACCGGGUAGUAUGAUUUAUGGAGCCCUGCCCGGACCACCACAACCACCCAUGGGUAGAAACUACCAUACGAUAAGUCAUCGAGGAUUUCCACCAGGUCCUCCCCUACCACCGCAUCAUCAUCAUCCCGGCAUGCCACCUCAAAUGCAUCCACAAAUGAUGCAUGGUCCACCACCACAUCACAUGGGUGUACCAAUGCAGUUGCCCGUUAUGAUGCCACAACAAUACGCCACCCUGCAACCCUCUACUUCAACGAAAAAGAAGAAGAAGGAUAAGAAAAGCACAGGCAUUCCGGUAGGCAUGCCGAUUGUACCACCGAUCUAUGCUUAUCAUCACGCACAGGCUAUGGGUGGUCCUACACCCCCACCACCACCACAAAGUGUCAUGGCUCAAUCGAUGAUUGGGGAGCCCAGACCUCUAGCAAUGUCAAGUCGAAAAUUAGCCGCCUCCAUGGGUAAUGGUCUAGACGAUUCCGGCAACUCUGGAGCAGAGUCGCCCGGUGGCACCGGUAUCUAUAGGCGAAAAGGCCAUUUGAAUGAACGCGCAUUUAGCUAUUCCAUACGUCAGGAACAUCGCAGUCGCAGCCAUGGUUCCUUAGCUAGUCUACAAUUUAAUCCUCCCGAUAUGAAGAAAGAACGUGAAAUUGCUCAAAUGGUAGCCGGCCUAGAUCUAAACGAUGGACCCGAUGAUCCACGAUCUAUGGGACCGGCCACACUGCAACGUAAACAAGCAGCCAUGAUGAAUGGCAAUGGUGCCAUCUAUGGCAACGGUGGGGGACAGGCCAUAUAUGGCAAUGGACCGUCAAGUAGUUUUGGCAAACCCAGAAGAUAAAAUGAACCGGCCAUAAUUCUUUGAAAUUUGGCAAUUAGUGUUGUAUGAAGGAGAAAAUCAAAUAGAAUCAAUUUGAAUUUGAUUGAGAAUAUUUUGAUUUUGUUCACAUUUUAUUGUUAUCUAGGUUUAUCUAAAAAAACAUUAUCUAACACACGCACAGACAUUUCUAGAUUUGAUAUUAUAUUAAAUUGGUUUUAAGCACAAACACUCAUACAUUCAGAUGAAUGCAGAGAGACAGUCGGGCAGACAGACAUUGAAAUUAUUUAAUUUUGCUGAACUUUCAAACCACAUACCAAGAUAAUUGAACUUGAUCGCAAAACAUAAACAAUUAAAUCGACAUCAAAUUCAAACAAAUAUUUCAAUUACAAAUGUAAUUGAAUAUGUACUGUCUGUCUGUCUGACUGAUCUGUGUGCGGCUGUUUGUGUGUGGUGGCUGUGUUUACGACAGAAAGUGUAUGUGGAUGUUAAUAUAUUUAGCGAUGCUGGUCAAUAGAAUUGCUUAUUAUUUCUUUCUUUUUUCAUUUUUUUUUUUUUUCAAAUUAAAAUAAUAUAUUUGUAUGUAUUUAAUAAUAUUUUUUUUCUUUAUUUUCCAAUAUAAUUUGAAACUAAUAAUUAAGUAAUAUUAUAAAUACAAGUCUUAUUUCUUCGAUUGUUUGAAAUAAAUAAUUUAAUCUAGUUCGAAGUAAUUUAAUCAAAUCUCUAUAAUUAAUAUGAUCAAUCAUGCAUAUGUACAUAUGUGUGUUUAUGUACAAUAACAUAAGUGCGCGUAAGAAACUUUAUUUGAAUUAUAACUGAAAGAUAAAAAGUUUUAGAAAAAAUUUAAAAAAAUAAAAACAAUUUUAAUCGUAUGUGCCUUAUUAGGUUUAUAUUAAUAUUUGCCCGAUGUAAAAUUUUUGACAAUAACAUAACAUAUUUCUUGAUGCAACAAUUAAAAAAAAGUAAUGUAUUUUUAAAUAAGACGAGUAAUUUGUAUAAUUUUGUUAAAUAUAUACAUUAAUAUCUAAAUAUAAAUAUAUAAUAUAUACAUACUUACAUAUACAUAUGUACUUAUACACAUAUAUUUACAUUUUAAUUUUAUUUGUAGUUAUUAAGUAAGUGUGUAUGUUUGUCCAUAUUAGAAUUAUUUAGUUUUAAUUAAUUAGAAUUUUAUCUAAAUACAUAUAUUAUUAAAAAUACAUACGAACAAAUACAAUAUACAUAUGUAUACACAGAAACAUAUUAUAAAUACAAUAUAAAUCAAAUAAAUUAAAAAAAUGUACUAUUUAUAUAAAAAACAAAAAUAAAUGAAAUAUUUACCAAUAUUAAUACAGUUGUAUGUAACAAAGUAAUAAAUAAUUAAAUAAAUACGUUUAAAUUUUGUAU